AUGCCCGGAAUUAUCCCUAUGAAACUAAUCAAGACCGGGAACUCGAACCAAGUUCGUGUUGCCCAGGCCUGCGAUCGUUGUCGAAGUAAAAAGAUCCGAUGUGACGGAAUAAGACCAAGUUGCUCGCAAUGUGCCAGCGUCGGCUUCCAGUGCAAGACUUCGGACAAGCUUUCGCGGAGGGCUUUCCCUCGUGGAUACACAGAGUCCCUUGAGGAACGUGUAAGAGCUCUUGAGGCUGAGGUCACAGAACUAAAGAGUCUUCUUGAUGCCAAAGACGAACAACUGGAUGUCCUUUCCAGGUUACAUUCAUUCUCGCCAUAUUCUCCGUCGUCGCUGUCGUCGACAAGUCCGAAGCGGCCCACACCUAGUAAAACUGUUUCCGAAUCUUCAGGCCCUUCUGCCGCUGAGCCGGAUGACUGUUGCAAUGAGGAUGACAUCUUUGCUAUGCCCGAGUCGUCUUCCCUUGUUCAUGAUGGGAAGUCUGGAGAGUUCUACACAGGUGCAUCGAGUGGUCGUGCCUUCAUUGACAUCUUCAAGUCUCGGAUGAAAGAAACUAGCCCAUGCGACAUCGAGUUCUCCGGUAAUACCUUCUUCACCCGUAAGGAACGUAUCGUUAAGAUAUUCCCCAACCGGUCGGCGGCUCAUGCUGUUAAGCCUCCGCCACGCAUGAUCUCGGACCUACUCGUCACUGCCUUCUUCCAGGAAUACCACCCACUCUUCCCUGUCUUACAUAGACCCAAGUUUCUUUCCAUCUACGAGAACCUUAUCAACUGUGAACAAGAGUCACCUGAAUACCCUCGAGAGUAUCAUGAGAUCGCCCAAUUGUUCCUCGUCUUCUCUAUUGCAUCUUCCCAAAGCGAAACUCGGAACACUGCCGAACAUGAGUCCUUCACAAGACAAUGGCAAUACGCCCUUGAAGCCAUCAUGCUUGAACCUUCCUUGGAGAGUCUGCAAUGCCUUGUGCUGGCACAACUCUAUUGCAUGUCCAUUGGAGACGACAGCAGACUCAACCAAUACAAGAGCUUGGCUGUUGGUACUGCCAUGCGUCUCGGAUUGAACCAAGACCAGAAGAAGUUUGGUGUCACUGCCUUGCAACUUGAGAUGAGGAAGCGUGCCUUCUGGUGCGUUUAUUUACUCGAUGCAUUCUCUGCAUCCAUGCUUGGCCUCCCCACAUUAAUCAGUGAUGAUGAGGUUAACGCCGAGUACCCCGCCGACAUUGACGAUGAAUAUGUUUCUGAGUCCGGCUUCUUGCCCACAAUGCCUGGUGACCACACUAAGAUCUCUAGUGCAUUGGCCUUGUUCCGUGGAUCGAGAAUUCUUUCCAGGGUCCUUUCCACUGUUUAUUCGAUGAAGUCAAGCAACAAACAAUCGUAUAAGCAGCUUCAACAAUUAGAAGAAGACUUGGAUUCUUGGAAGAUGAACUUACCGGAACAUCUCAGACUAGAAUUUGUUAAUGGCAUGCCUGGUACAAACAUUGUUCACAGCCGGUCGCCGCUUUUGGUCUUCGCAUACUAUUACAUUAGGAUCUUAAUACACCGAUCGACUAUUGGUUCCGAUGCUAAUAGCGGAGCUGGAUCUGUACAUGCUGUCGUCGAGUCGAGCAACCGCAUGUUCCAAAUUGUCAAGCUCUUAGAAGAACGAAAGCUAGGGUUCUCUUUCUGUUUGAACAAGAACCAGACCCUUCUUCUUUGCACCUUCGCCAUCCUUCAUGGCGCCACCGACUACGCACAUGAUGGCAUUCUUGCUAAGGAUACCCAGAAACUUGUAUCCGAGAUUCUAAACACUCUACAGAAGAACCGAUACCCCUUGGCCAAAGCUCUCAAUGUCAUCGCGUCCUCUCUGUUCAAACUUGGUCGGAGGUCUACAAGCCUAGAGACUAGUCCUUCGCCGUCGCUACCCGGCCCCAUCCGGGACGAUGUUCAGCAACUCCGUCGAGCCUAUUCCGUGUCUUCGAAGCCUCAGGAUAAGCCAAAGCCCCGACAGAUCCAAACUGAUGUGUCACCCUCUGGCAACAUGUCGCCCCCCUCUAGCCUCACCUACCAUUCCAACUGGAGCCGACAGAGCCUUCCUCCACAAGGAGUCUCCCCGAAGUCUCUUCAUAACACAAAGAGCAUGACCCCACCUUGUCCGAUAACUCCAAUCACUCCGAACCUCGACAAGUCGGGCUCUGAUAUCUAUAGCUGGAGCAUGGAGACCACACCAACCAACGGCCGCCAAGUCGCUGCUAGUGGGUCCGAAUGGGAAAGGAUGCUGGCAUUGAUGGAUCAAAAUCAGGGAAUCAACAUUUAUGGUGGAGGCAGCAAUUUCGAAUCCCCGAUUGACCUCAAUUCCGCCCUGGAAUCACCCUCGGAUAGUGCGGACCGAAGAGACAGCAACUCCGCUCGAUCGAUAUAUGAGGUUUUACAUCCUACAGCUGCAAGUGUGUCCUCUUUCUCGAAUUUCAGCGACGAGGAUCUAGCGCUACCAAUCUUUGAUGCGGAUAGCACAUCUGGUUAUUAUCCGGACCUAAUGUCGGGCGCAAUACCUAUUCCGGGAGCACCUCUCAACCUCGACAAUACUUGGACACUGUGA